GCUCUUUUGUGCAGGGAAUAAUUUCUCUUCUCAGCCAUGCUGCUGAGGGCAACUUCCACCCAGUCCUGGACACACUCACCGUGUUUGCAUCCAGGCUGUGCAAAGGCUGGAAUGCGAGGAUUUCCAGGCGCAAGAAGAUGGACCUGGACAGCAUGAGAGCUCAUGCCACACGCAGUGCUCUCAUGCUCGCUCAUGGCAGCUUGGCACUGCGUGCCUCCAAGGAACAGCUGCUUGUCCACCUGGAGGGAGACAUCGUGGGCAACAUCCUGAUGCUCUACAGCUGCAGCUGCCAGGACUUGCAGAACAACCUUGCGCUGGUGCAGAGCAUCACCAACUUCAGCUCAGCCUUGCAAGCUGUGGAUGACUCUGCCUGCUUUAACCCUUCCUUCAAGGGCAAGCUUCUGGAGAUCCUGAUGGACUUGCUGAAGAAGUACUACUCAGGAAUCCCUGUCUCCCCAGUGCCCUUCAAGGUGGUUCUGGCCCUGGAACAGUUGAGCAAGCUGAAGCCCUCUUUAGAAAGCAAGGAUACGCGUGAAAUAUUGGUUCUGUGCUGCAAGAACAUUGUGAUGCACCCUUCGGCAGAGAUGAUGCUGAAGAUCAGAAAGUCACAGCAAGCAGCUCAGUACCUGCAGCUUCAGCAAACAUCACUGAAAUCUUUGGGCCAGCUUAUGGCAGUUCUGCUCAAGACAGAGCCCACCCGUGGCUUUUUCCAGAACACAGUCCAUGUCCUGCAGAGAUCUAUGACAUGAGACAAUGUGUGGGAGCGCAAGAGGGCCCUGCAGACCUGCUCCCAGCUGCUGACUGUUUGUGAAGAGUUUCAAAGAGGAGAUGCCUAGGAGCACUUUGGCUCCUUGGUGGGAUUGCUGGCACCUCUGACAUGUGGCCCCAUGCCCACAUCCCACCAGUUGGCUGUCACCUGCCUCAGCUCCCUUCUCUGAAUCCAAGCCAAAGCAACGAACAGAGACAUUGAGACAGGAGACAUCAGGAGCCUGUGUGAGGGGCUGCAUGCCUGCAGCGCCAUCUGUCAGCUCCAGACCUCAUCCAAAAUGGCAAGGAUAAGUAGACCCAAAAAAGGGUGGUGGGAUCUCAGUGCAUGGGCUUCUGCACAACCCUGCACUGAUGACAGCAGAAUGAACUGUCACCCUGAGACUGCUUUUCUCAGCAAGUAGCAGAAGGCUCUGAGCUAUGCCUGGCCUUCAGGUGCCCAGUGCAAGGAGCUGACUCCAUGUGUGCUUGUGUGUGACUGUGGCUGCUGAGAGGUAGGCUUUGCAUGUAAGCAAACACCAUGGGUGGAGAAGCUGAGAGAAGGCUCAGCCGCCUUCUGUGUAAACAGCAGGGUACAGACAGCAGGAGCAUUGUGAUUGCUGCAUGAAUGACUGGCAAGCUGCUGAAUUAAGAAUGCCCUCAAGACUGCUUUAUGUUUUGAAGAGCUGCCGCAGAGCAGUGACAGGAUCUCUCUUGCUUCUCAUUUCUCUGCAGAUCAUGUGCAGAAACUUCCCUCUAGAACGCACCGUUGACUUCAUGAUGGCCAUCAAGGAGACCUUCAGGAGAGCCAAAGGAGUGCGUGUGCGUGCUGCUGGGAAGUGGAUGACCACCUUUCUGCAGAUGUACAGAAAGGAUAUCUGUUGGGAUGUAAGAGACUUUCUUCCACGUACCUUGGACUUUUGCUAGCUGUUGCACUAUGUCUUGUGCUGCUUUCCUCUUGUGCUAAAAAAGCACAGCCUGAAUGCAGAGCCAGGGCAUGGACAGGGUGGCUGGCAUGAAAUUUAGGCUUAGGCCUUGGCAGCAUGUCAAGGGAGCAGGCACUACUCGUGCACUGAAUGGCCAUGGUUACUCCUUGCA